UAGUUUAGUCUAGCAAAAUGGCGGCUCUCCUGUAGGGGACAAAUGCUGUCAGGAUUUUAAAAAUUUUAGUUGAAAGAGUCAAGUUGUUUGUAGAUCCACUAUGUUCACAAGCUUGGCACUAAGGGGUGCUUUAAAAUCGGCAUCUAUCGUUUUGCGAGAAAGUGGUAUUAUAUCAAGACUAAAUGGGACUACCCCAGGUCUCCCUUUGAAAAGUGGAGCAUGUUUAUCGCAUUUGAUUGCAAGGCCUGCAAACAUUGGCACUGGAAGCUUUUCCAUUCAGCCUGUUAGAAACUAUGCCCGAGCUGCAAGGAAAAGGAAACCAGUGUUUCAAAGCCAGCUCAGUGAUCUUCCUCCAACGAUGUUGAAAAUGGAUUAUGCGGCGGUUCCCCUUGCUCAAACAACUGAUGACCUGGUCAAGAGAAUACUGACAUUGGAACUAGCAAGCCAUAGUGAAAAGCUACGCUUGAAAAAGGAGCAGCUGAUUGCAAAAGUCCAGAGGGAUGAAUCUGACCGCAGCUCCACCGAAGUCAAGAUUGCCCUUUUGACUGUGAGAAUCAGGAACUAUCAAGAGCACCUGCACAAACAUGCAAAGGACAAAGCUAACAAAAGGAGGAUGUUGAUGGCCAUCGACAGCAGGAAGAAGCUGCUGAAGCACCUUAGGAUGACUCGCUAUGACACUUUUGAACGUGUCUGCCAGGAGUUGGAUAUCACCUACACAUUCCCCCCCGAGUAUUACAGGCGGAUCACCCGACGCUGGCUGACCAAGAAAGCUCUCUGCAUCAAGGUCUUUAAAGAGGUACAGAAACAGAAAGCAGAACUAAGGAAGAAAAUUAUCAAAUCUUCUCACACACAGGCUGACCAGCCAAAGAUAACAGCUGCAGUACCCCAAUAAUAUUGUUAGUAUUGAAGUAUGUUGCCGCUUUUACGAUUUUAAGGGAAUAUUAGGAUUAUUGUUUAUGAGAAUUGUUGUUGAUGCACUCGUUUCUCAUUUCCCUCUGCAAAAACAAUUGAAAUAAAAAGUACUGUGUCUGAAAAAAUAUUUCUGAUGCAGUAAUGCAGAUUACUGUUUAGCGGUGGGGGUUGUAUUUACUUGAUGGAUAUCAAUAAAUCAACUGUGGUUCA